UCCUAAAUACAACAAAAUGGCUAUUAAUCGUGCUUCUUUCAUAUUCUUCAUUCUCUUCUCAUUGGUGCCUCUUUCAUUUGCUCAAUAUAAUAAUAAUAAUAAUAAUUAUUAUUAUAAUAAUAACUAUAAUGAUCCCACAUCCUAUACACCAUCUUCGGAAUAUAAGCCGGUUGUCAAAGAGAUGAAGAAAUAUGGACCUUAUGGUUCAAUAUUACCACAAAAUUAUGAAUUUCAACUUAAUGAGGGUGAAAUUUUCGGUGAAAUCCAUGUACGUCAUGAUCAUAUGGUGGACUCAGUUGGGUUCCUGGUUAGUAAGCCAGAUAAGAGUACUUACCGUGUCCAAUUUGGUGGCGACGGUGGAGAACUAACUAGGAUUGUAUUGGAAGAUGGCGAAUAUCUAACAAGGAUUAGUGGAAAGUAUGGAUACGACACAGGCCGAAAUUAUGUAGCAAUUGGGACAUUGACCAUACAUACCAAUUUACAUCCCGAAGGAUAUGGGCCAUUUGGACUCGCACGAGAUAAUGCUGGUAACCUUUUUGAGUUUCAAUCACCAGAAAAUGUUGGUGGCCCUAUUGUCGGAUUUUUCGGAAGGAGUAACGUCUUACUCGAAUCUAUUGGAAUCAUCGUUCGUAAGGAAUCCUAUUAAUUAUUAUGCGGUUGACGAAGCUUACAGAAAAAGUGCAAUGGUGUGAUCCGUCAUCCAUCUGAUAUAUCUGAAUUAAUGGAUUAAUUUUAAUAUUAUUAUUAUUAUUAUUAUUAUAUUAUUGUUGUUAUGUUUUUAGGGCAAUUGUUGUGUACUACAUAUGUCAUUACAAAUUUGAUUUGUUUUUCCACAAAACUUGA